UCUUAAGCUCAAGUUAAGUCAAUAUAAAAUGACUUGUGGCAAAAUAAAUAACCAUUCAUUGGGUUUAGAAAAGUGAUAAGUCGUAUUCAAUUUGGGCAACAAAAUAAGAAAAUAUUUUCGGUAAUAACGCCCUUUUUAUAACGCUGAAAGGAACUGGUUACGAUGAGUGAUACUCAUAUUUGCGAAGCAUGGCUACAAUAUGUUUGUUUGGUAUUAUCCACAGGGCUUAAAUCAUUUAUAUAUCUUUUUGCUAUCACGGUAAUUCGAUAGUUGUAUUUAUUGAUUUCGUAUAUACAAUUAUAUCGGUAAUUACCGACCCAAGAUUAUAUAUGUAGCAUAAAAUUACUUGAAGAGCCAUUCCAACUCUAUCUCUCUAAAUAUGUACAUACAAGAAUUACAAAGAAAACACAAACAAAAAGGAUCAAAAAGGAAUAAGCAAUUGAAAAAUAAACGAAUAAGAGCGAGUAGAAUGAACAAACUUCGCAUAUGGACGAAACAAACGAAUGGGAAUAAGCACGAAGCUACAAGGCGAAGGCAACAGCGAUGGUCGACUUCAGCUCGAGUGCAAUAUACACCAGCAACAACAAAGCCGUACAAUCCAACUUGCUACUAUACCGGCGCCUGUGACUUCGCCUUUGGCGACGACGCGACCGCAACAUUGGCAGCGCUGCGGAAGGCACACCCAAAUUGAACACAUUUCACAGCUCUUAAAACGACAGGAAUCCAAGAGGGGCGAAGACAGCUUUUUACACAGACGACCGACGACAAUCAACUUCUUUCAUGUUGUAUUUCUAGUACUACGAUGGAACAGACAGGCGGCAGAUGACACCAGUGUUGUAACGUAACUAUAUAUAGUACGUAUAUGUAAAUUAUAAGUGAGUUUGGACGUUAUUUUGCACGUCAUUUGUAUGUAAGUUAUUUUUC